AUGCCUUGUGGGCAUAUCAAACUAAUGUUUGGAAAGGCUUGUCAUCCGCCGUUAGAACUGGAAUGUAAGGCGAUGUGGGCAAUUAAAAAACUUAACUCUGAUCUUAAGGCUGCAGGAGAAGAGAGAAAACUUCAACUACUAGAGUUGGAUGAGUGGAGAUUACAAGCGUAUGAGAAUUCCGGAAUUUACAAAGAAUGCACCAAGCGAUGGCAUGAUAAGCGUCUUUGCAAGAAAAACCUCAAGACAGGUCAAAGGGUAUUACUGUUCAACUCUAGGUUGCGUCUAUUUCCUGGAAAACUGAAGUCGCGUUGGUCCAGACCUUUCAUAAUCAAGAAAGUAUUCCCACAUGGAGCGGUGGAAUUGACCAACGAAGAUGGGAUUAACACAUUUAAAGUAAAUGGACAAAGAGUAAAGAUGUAUCAUGGAGGAGAUUUCCAACGCGAGAAAACCUUCAUUGACUUGGAUAAACCAAAAUAA